GUAACAUGCAGAGUACAGAGCGCAGUCGACCUGUCCUCAACUGAACAAGCUGACCUGAACAUCUUAAGGACACGAUGUCAACGUCUAGCAGGCCUGAAGCAGACUCGCUGGUCGGGGCCAUUGACCAGGGGACGAGUUCUACCAGAUUUCUGGUGAGACUGGAGCAGUUUUCAGCUGCUUUGGAACACUGAGUUUUUAAACAAGUGUUAAUGUACGGUUUUUAACGCUAAAACUGCUGAGCUGAUCAGUCAACAUCAGGUGGAAAUUAAUCAGAGUUUUCCCAAAGAAGGUUGGGUGGAAGAAGACCCAAAGGAGAUUUUACAGUCUGUUUGUGAGUGCAUGGAGAGGACCAGUGAGAAGCUCAUUCAGCUCAACAUUAACAUCUCCAACGUUAAAGCGAUUGGAGUGACCAAUCAAAGAGAGACUACCGUGGUUUGGGACAAAGAAACUGGAGAACCUCUCUACAACGCUAUUGUGUGGUUGGAUCUGCGGACACAGUCUACAGUGGAGAAGCUGAUCAAGAAAACUCCUGGCAAGAACAAAAACCAUCUAAAGGACAAAACAGGUCUACCCAUCAGCACGUAUUUCAGUGCGCUGAAGCUGCGUUGGUUGAUGGAUAACAUAGAGAGCGUGGCGGAGGCUGUGCAAACUAACCGUGCUGUUUUUGGUACAGUGGACUCCUGGCUCAUCUGGUGUUUGACUGGGGGAAAGAACGGUGGAGUUCACUGUACAGACGUCACCAACGCCAGCCGCACCAUGCUUUUCAACAUACACACCAUGCAGUGGGAUCCUGAGCUGUGCAAAUACUUUGAUGUUCCUAUUGAAAUUCUCCCUGAAGUUAGAAGCUCCUCAGAAAUAUAUGGCUACAUGAACUCUGGUUCCCUUGUGGGAGUGCCCAUCUCUGGAUGUUUGGGAGACCAGUCAGCUGCUCUCGUGGGUCAGAUGUGCUUCAAAGAUGGUCAAGCCAAAAACACUUACGGAACUGGCUGCUUCAUGCUCAAAAACACUGGUGUCAAGCCUGUGAUGUCAGACCAUGGCCUCCUUACAACAGUUGCCUACAAAUUGGGGAGGGACCAGCCUGUUUACUAUGCACUUGAGGGCUCUGUGGCCAUUGCUGGAGCAGUAGUGAGGUGGCUGAAGGAAAAUCUGGGAAUAAUCAAAUCCUCUUCAGAUAUAGAAAAGCUUGCUGCUACAGCUGGGACGUCGUAUGGCUGUUAUUUUGUUCCGGCAUUUUCUGGGCUAUAUGCUCCCUAUUGGGAACCUAGUGCUCGAGGGAUUAUCUGUGGCUUGACACAGUUUACAAACAGUAGUCACUUGGCUUUUGCUGCACUUGAGGCUGUAUGCUUUCAGACACGAGAGGUUCUGGAUGCAAUGAAUCAGGACAGCGGUGUUCCACUCUCUCAGUUACAGGUAGACGGAGGGAUGACUGCCAACAAAUUACUAAUGCAGCUGCAGGCAGAUAUCCUCUGCAUUCCUGUGGUGAGACCCUCUAUGUCUGAGACCACCGCUCUUGGUGCAGCCAUGGCUGCAGGGGCAGCUGAAGGGGUCUGUGUAUGGACAAUAAACCCUGAUGGGAUGACCUCGGUGACUUCUGAGAAGUACCAGCCUAAGAUUAACCCAGAUGAGAGUGAAUUCCGUUACACAAGAUGGAAGAAAGCUGUACAGAAGGCCAUGAACUGGGAGACAAUGGAGCCUGUUCCUACAGAAAAUGGAGACCACAACUAGAUCUACAUAGUACUGCUGCAAAAUAUACACACAGCAGACAGUCAGAUUACUGUACCAGUCCAAUGGGAUCUGACAGCCCCUCUUCUCUCAGCAUGAGUAUCAGAAUAUUCCCAGCUAUAUUCUUGUCAAAUAUGCAUCUCUUUUCACACUCAAUGUGUUCAAAACUCACUGGCUGGCCAAAAUGAGUUUACAACCCUUAAAAUGUUCAUAGUUUAGUGGGUUUAGUGGAAAAUUUAAACUCUCCCUUUAUCAAAAAUGUGCUUCUUUAGUUUUAGCUACAAGGCUAAUAUUGCGAAUGUAAUGUAAAUGUAUAACCCACAAAUUAGCAUGGUGCUGAAUCAAAAACUGCAUUGUUAAAUAGCCUUGAUAAUAUAAUUUCUGACAUUAUGAAUGUCAAUUUGUCAUUUAAACAUGGACUAAAAAACAUUGCAUACCUUUGUGUACAAAAGUCUGGGAGUCAAAUUCCUUAUUGUUGAUUUUCUAAGUGUAAUUCAACACAUCCUUUUUAGAGAACAUACUUCUGCACAUUUUAAUACAAAAUUACUGUGUUUUUAAUUAAUUUUAGACAUUUGGAAAAGACAAAGUCUAGACACCAUCAUGUAGUACCCCAAACGUGCACAUUAUCAUCGUUGACCGCUUAAUCCAGAUAGGGUCGUGGUAGCAGUUGGGAGAGCAGAUGACCCUGUCCCUUGCAACUUCCUCCAGCACAUUCACAGAGACCCCAAGCUGCUCCCAGGCCAGCUUGGAGAUAUAAUCCCUCCAGCGGGUCCUAGGACGACCCCGGGGCCUUAUCUCGGUAGGCUAUGGCUGGUACACCCCCACCGGGAGGCAUCCAGUGGGCAUCCGAAUCAGAUGCCCGAACGACCUCAGCUGGUUUCUCUCAAUGCAUAGGAGUAGUGGCUCUACUCUGAGCUCCCCCCAGAUGACCGAGCUCCUCACCCUAUCAAAUAGUGUAGCCCACCACCCUGCGAAGAAAACUCAUUUCUGCCGCUUGUGUUCGCGAUCUCAUUCU